AUGAAGAGGAAAAGUGAUAUACGAAUUGGAGAGAAUAAUGAAUCAGGUGAGGCAACAACUUGUGAUUGUCGUAUCCACUCCUUGACUAUGGCGAUGCAGGCUUGCCAUGGAUCUCAGAAUUCUCAAAUAUGUAGCCAAAGUGAUGUGGGCAGCAAUCAGCCAAUAAUGGUGCAAAUCGGUCCUGGCUACUGUCAUCAGGGAUUCGAGCCUCUCAGCGCUGUGUUUUGGAUGUCUGAUGAAGGUGGUGGGUACAAUGCUGAUGGGGAAAGGAGUCGGUCUGGAGAAGCAAAUGAUAAUCUAGAUAAAGAGAAUGAGUGUCCUACCAGCAACACGCAGCCAAGCUCAACUCUGACUUGCAGCCAGCGAGUAUUAGCUAAGCGUCGGGGAAGAGCAUUGGCUUUGCAAGACAUCAGUAACUUCGCAUAUAACUUGGAUUUAAAGUUUCAGUGUGUUGAAAGGCAGUGGCCAGGAGUAGGAACAAAUAGUCAAAGUGGAGCAGAAAAUCUCAACUAUCAAGGGGCCGAUAGUGGGGUCAGUAUGAAUGGAAAAAGUAGCAGCAGAAGAAGUCAGAGGAAUUCUUUUUUUGCAUCUGCUGACAUGAUGGAGAAUUAUUCUCAGCGACAAUAUUUAGCGGAUGCAGGGAGUUCAGCGAGUCAGGCUACGCAAUCAGCUUCUUUUUCAGGCUGUGCAAGAGGCUCAAGAGUUGAUUUUCAGGGACCUGCUGUAUCAGAUAUGCCAGUUCCGAUAGAAUUACGAUAUAAGGAUUUGGAAUUCUGCUUUGAUAGAAACAUAACAUCUGAUUCUGGCGGGAGUGGUAGUGAUUCAGAUUAUACUGCAGAAAAUGGGCGAAAUGGGCAUAAUUUGGCAUGUAAUCAUAGAAGCAAUAUUGCCGAACCAAGGAAGAUUGGACCAUCUUGCUCAUUCGGUUACAUGGAAGAAGGAGAUGCUGUAUAUAAAUGUCAGUAUUGUGGGGCAUUCAUGUGGUUUAAUGAGAAAGUUGGGAAUUGUAAAUCUGAAAGAAGUCCAAAAUUUUCAUUGUGUUGCUUGCGUGGGAAAGUUCAGCUACCCUUGAUGACUGCACCUCCUGAAGUGUUGAGUCAUCUUUUUUUUGACAAGAAGACACGAGAGUCAAAGAAUUUUCAUUCAAAUAUUCGGUCAUAUAAUAACAUGUUCUCUUUUACUUCGAUGGGUGGAAGGGUUGAUCAUUCUAAAAAUUCUGGAGGCAGUCCAUAUACUUUUGUUUUGGGUGGAAUGAAUUACCAUAAAAUUGGGAGUUUGUUGCCAUCUGAAGGUUCGAAGCCUGUUUAUUCACAGCUCUAUAUUCAUGAUACUGAGAAUGAAGUCUCUAACCGUAUUUUUGCAGUAAGUAAACACUUGAAGGAUUGCUCCAUCGAUGACAAGAUUGUUGAUCAAAUCAAGAAGGUACUUGAUGAAGUAAAUCCAUUCGUCAAACAAUAUCGCUUGGCAUCAUCAGUGAUUAAUAAUGGACCCCAUUUGGAUGUGAAGCUUCGACUAAUUAGUGGGAGACACCAUGAUGGCCGUACAUAUAAUUUGCCAUCUGCUAAUGAGGUAGCUGCACUUAUUGUGGGGGAUAUUGAUAUGAAUUUUAGUAGGAGAGAUGUUAUAGUACAUGAGCUUUCAGGGUCAUUGCAGCGAAUUGAUGAGUUGCAUGCAUCAUAUCUUCCAUUGCAGUAUCCGAUUUUAUUUCCUAAGGGGGAAGAUGGUUAUAGGGAUGAUAUUCAACAUUGUGAAGAGACUAUUUCUUACACAAAGAAGAAGAAAAUGCUUAGCAUGAGGGAAUAUUUUGCAUAUCGCUUGAUGGCACGUGAAAAUGAGAUCUCAACUGUAUUACAUGCAGGGAAGUUAUUCCAACAAUUUAUAGUUGAUGGGUAUACUAUGAUUGAAGCGCAAAGGCUGUUAUGGGUGAGAACCCACCAAAAGGAGCUUAGAGCAGAUUUAUACCAAGGCUUAACAGAUGCUCUGCUGAGUGGUGAAAGAAAUGCAGCAUCAACAGGAAAGCGUAUUGUAUUGCCGUCUUCAUUUACUGGGGGGGCACGUUAUAUGCUAGGGAAUUACCAAGAUGCAAUGGCUCUUUGCAGAUAUUUUGGAUAUCCAAGCAUAUUUGUAACCUUCACGUGUAACCCAACUUGGCCAGAGAUAUCACGAUAUUGUGAUGGGCAAGCACUGUUGUCCUCAAAUAGGCCAGAUAUAUUGGUAAGAGUAUUCCAGAUGAAAUUGACAGCUUUGAUGGCUACUAUUAAGAAGAAAAAGAUUUUUGGGACAGUUCUUGCAGAUGUCUAUACUAUAGAGUUCCAAAAAAGGGGGUUGCCACAUGCACACAUUCUAUUGUUUCUUAGCCCACAUGAUCAGUUGACUAACCCAAGUGAUGUUGACAAGAUUAUUUCUGCAGAAAUUCCUGAUAAGCAAUCAAAUCCAGAGUUACAUGAAAUAGUAAAGAAAUUUAUGGUACAUGGGCCAUGUGGUUGCUUUAAUAGCAAAGCUCCAUGUAUGAAGGAUCAUAAAUGUAGUAAGUAUUUCCCUAAGAAGUUUGUUGAAAAUACUGUGAUUGAUGAUGAAGGGUAUCCUACAUAUAGAAGAAGAGAUGAUGGUAGGACCAUAGAGGUAAAAGGGGUUCCAUUGGAUAACCGAUACAUUGUUCCUUAUAAUCCUACUUUGUUGCUGAAGUUUCAGGCUCAUAUCAAUGUCGAGAAGUGUAACCAAAGUACUGCUAUAAAGUAUUUAUUUAAGUACAUUAGCAAGGGUAAUGAUAGGGUAAUUGCAUCGAUAUAUGAUGGUAACCAGGAAAGUAAUGGUGUGCGAGUGGUCGAUGAGGUCCAGCAGUAUUAUAACUUUAGAUAUAUCUCAGCAUGUGAAGCUGCCUGGCGGAUUUUUGCCUUUGAUAUUCAUCAUCGAUAUCCUGCGGUUGAGAGGCUUAGCUUUCAUUUACCUAAUCAGCAAUAUGUGGUGUAUUCAAAUGCCGAUGAUGUGGCGGAGGUCUUAGAUAAGCCAAGAGUAUGUGAAUCAAUGUUUCUUGCAUGGAUGAAAACAAACUCAAGGGAAGAUUUUGCAAAAACAUUGACAUACUCAGAGUUUCCCCAACAUUAUGUGUACCAAAGGACUAAGAGGGAAUGA